AUGUCGAUUAAGGUGGUCGUUGAAGGACUCACUUUGAACAUUAUUAGUGUAUAUGCGCCGCAAGCGGGCUUAGGCAAUGAGGAGAAGAGGCGCUUUUGGGAGGAUUUGGACAAUUUAGUGGGAGGCAUACCGCCUACUGAGAAGCUAUUCGUGGGAGGUGAUUUCAAUGGACACAUCGGACCUAUUUCGGGAGGUUAUGAUGAUGUGCAUGGAGGCUUUGGCUUCGGGGACAGGAAUGGAGGAGGAGUCUCACUUUUGGAUUUUGCAAGAGCUUUUGGGUUGGUGAUAGCCAAUUCGAGUUUCUCAAAGAAGGAGGAACACUUGGUAACCUUUCGUAGUUCGGUGGCUAAGACUCAAAUAGACUUUUUACUCCUUAGGAAGGAUGAUAAAGGUCUGUGCAAGGAUUGGUCAUACCGAGCGAAUAUCUUACAACCGGACAUAAGCUGCGGUGAUGGAUUUAGCGAUCAAGAUGAUGAGGAAGAAGAGGGUCGUGGAGGACCGACCUAG